AUGAUGUUGGAAAGCACUAUGGUGUGUGUUGAUAACAGUGAGUACAUGUGGAAUGGGGAUUUCCUGCCCGCACAGCUACAGGCCCAGCAGGAUGCAGUCAACAUAGUAUGUCACUCCAACAGAAGCAACACCAAGAACAACGUGGGACUCAUCACACUGGCUAAUGACUGUGAGGUACUUACUACACUAACCCCUGACACUGGCCGAAUUUUGUCCAAGCUCCACACAGUUCAACCCAAGGGCAAGAUUACCUUCUGUACUGGCAUUCACGAUGCCCAUUUGUAUCUGAAACACAGACAAGGCAAGAAUCACAAGCUGCAGGUCAUUGCUUUUAUGGGCAGCCCAGUAGAAGACAAUGAGAAGGAUCUGGUUAAGCUAGCAAAGUGGCUAAAGAAAGAGAAAGUGAAUGUUGACAUUAUCAGCUUUGGGGAGGAGGAAGCAAACACAGACAGAAUGACAGCCUUCCUGAACACACUAAGUGGCAAGGAUGGGACCAGCUCGCAUCUGGUGAUGGUACCCCCUGGGCCCAGCUUGGCUGAUGCCCUCAUCAGCUCCCCUAUCCUGUCUGGAGAAGGUGGUGCCAUGUUGGGGUUAGAGGCCAGCAACUUUGAGUUUGGGGUGGAUUCCAGUGCUGAUCCUGAACUAGCCCUGGCCCUUCAUGUAUCCAUGAAAGAACAGCAACAGAGGCAAGAGGAGGAGGCAAGACAGGCAGCAGCAGCCUUUGCUGCUAAGGCUGGGAUUGCCACAGCUGGAACCAAAGAUUCAGAUGAUUCCCUGCUAAAGAUGAUCAUCAGUCAGCAGGAGUUUGGUCAGAGUGGACUCCUUGACUUAAGCAGCAUGACUGAAGAAGAGCAGAUUGCGUAUGCCAUGCAGAUGUUCUUGCAGGGAGCUGAGUUUGUUCAGGCAGAGUCAGGUGACAUCGAUGCCAGCUCAGCCAUGGAUACCUCUGAGCCUGCCAAGGAGGAAGAUAAUUACGAUGUGAUGCAAGACCCUGAGUUGCUACAGAGUGUUCUGGAGAAUCUGCCAGGCGUGGACCCCAAUAAUGAGGCCAUAGGCAAUGCCAUGGGGUCACUAGCCUCACAAGCUACCAAGGAUGGCAAAAAGGAAAAGAAAGAGGAGGACAAGAAGGAAGAAGAU